AUAACCUAGAUCAUGGAUAGUAUAAAAGGAGAAGCAAGAAUAGAGUAAUUAUCAUAAAAAACAUCAUAAUCUCAUCAGCAAUGGCGGUCAAGUUCUUUGUUGCGACUCUCAUCGGUGUCCUCCUUGUGGAGACUGGAUUCGUGAGAGCUGAUCCACUGGUGCAGAAGAGCACUAAGGUGUUCACCGGGGUAGCAGCAACUCGAGAAAAGAGACAAACUAGAGUUUGUGAUUGUGAAGCUCAACUCUUUGAUGGACUGAAGUACAGUGGCAAGGAGCUAAUUGUCUAUCAACAAAACGCACGAUUUCAAAACGACUUGUUCACCAAUAAAGUUGAAACAGUUAAAAUAACUGGCAAAUGCGCAUAUAUGUUCUAUGACAAAGAAAACUUUGAAGGUAAUUCUUUCCGAUUUGAUACUGCAGGAAACUAUGGCAGCGAUAAACCUUUGAGUGAAAAUAUUCUAUCGGGUCGUGCCUUCCCUCCAAAAGGAACAGAUGCAAUCUGUCUCUUCGAAAAAAGUGUCCACCGUGGACGAAUGAUGGUCCUUUAUUCGUCCCAGGAUAAUAUUCCUGACAACGAACCUAUCUCUUCGGUGGUUGUGGUUGAAGGAAGUUGGACUUUGUACGAGCUCGCUAACUAUGGCGGCCAAUCCAAGACUAUUGGUAAAGGCUACUAUAUUAGUCUAUGGAAUCUAGGAAAAUUCAAGAUCCGCUCCAUUACCAAGAACUAAAUUAGUACUCAAGUGAACAGAAACACAUAAUUACAAAUAGUGUAGAUAAUGAACAGAAUUUGGUAGGUGACCAUAGAGAGCUAUAAUUAUCAUGGAUACUUUACUAGCAUA